AUGGGCUUACUAGGCUUCCGAUGGCUGGUUAACUUUGGCCUCUUGGCCAUUCCGAUCGCUUCGACAUUGGGGAUCUUAAUCGGACUUCAGUCACACAGAGAUGCAACUGGACAAGCGCCUCUCUUCACAGGCGAUGACGGCGAUGAUGGAACCGGUGAUGGUGGUAAUGUCGACAAGAACGGCAUUGAGUAUAUUCGCAAUUGCGACAAAGCAUACGGUAUUACGCCGGAUUCGAAGGGACAAGAAUACACACUAAACCCCAAUCAAUGGGGUGUUGAGGAUGGUGAUACCGGCUUCCUGUGCAUGAAUGUUACCGCAUUCAACAAUGGUUCAUAUGCCACAGACACAACUGCUCCAGAGUUCUUCGUCACAUGGCAGUACCCUCAGGGUCCUGAAACGCAGCCUGUCCACGCCUUCCCCAACAUCAAGGUCGAUGGCAGCGUUUUCCCCGUCGAGCUGAGCAGCAUAUCGAGCAUCAAGGUCGACAUUGAGUGGACGUAUGGUGUCGGAAACGACACGGCGUCAUCAACGGACGAGACAGCACUGACGGCAAAUUCCGUCAAUACCAACGUCGCCAUCGAUAUGUUCUUGGACAGCGAUAAAACGAGCGCUGAGGACAGCACCAAGGCUAAAUUCGAGAUGAUGGUCUGGCUUGCCGCCUUUGGCGCUGCUACACAGCCAAUUGGACUGUCCGCUGGUGCGGUAACGACGGAGACCGUGAACGGCACGACCUUCUCCUUGUACACUGGCCAGAACAGCUUGGACCAGUACGUGUUGACCUGGGUUGCGUCUGAGACGACAGAGAAGUUCCAUGGAGAUCUAGCCCCUCUGGUCACCAAGCUCACAACACUGAGCGGGAACUACCCAACCGAAUCCGACUAUCUUGGAUACAUGGGUCUGGGCUCCGAGGCCCUGUAUGCCACGAACUCAACCACAUUCUACGUGCCAAUGCUGUCAAUAGACAUAGAAAAGACCAGCACCUAG